AUGGAUGGAUGGGGCGUGGCGCGGGUGGGAUGUGCUGAUAGUCCAAGCGCGGACGGGAAGGCGACGAUCGGAGGCAAGAAGUCGAGCAAGGCCAGGGGGCGGGGAGGCGGACGGGGCAAGCGCGGGACGAGCAGAAAGCGUGGAGUGGGCCGGAAGCGUGGGACAAAGAAGAAGCGCGGCGCGGCCAAGAGACGACGUGGUGCGGCGGCGCGGAGAGCAGCGGCUGCGGCGGAGCGAGCUGGCCAGGAAUCGCCGUCGGCGCGGCCGCCUGAGCCGCAGAAGGUCGUGGUCGAAGUGGUGCAGCAGCCGGCGACGCAAGCUGCGCCGCAGGUGGUUCACGUCGAGCCAGGGCCCGCCACUGAAGUUCACCACUACCACACAACCCGUGAAGUGAUUGCCUCGCCGAGCGGGCCGGCUGGCGCCGAGCUAGAGCCGGUCAUCGGGCAGGUGCGGUCCGAGUGGCGCUCCGAGCUGCAAAACAUGACUGCGGCGCAGGAGGCCGAGGCGCUGCGGACACACUCGACAAUGCGCGAAAUGGUCAUGUCGGCGUCGGGACAAGCCGACUCGCUCGCGCUGCGGCUCUCGCAGAUCGAGCUCGAGUCCAAGAUGCGGAUGGACGACGAGGAGGCGCAGCUGGAGGCGACCCAGCGCCAGGUCCGCGACCUCCAGACAGAGCUGCACAAGACUCACGAGGCAAUGCAGGCGACCCAAACUGCCAUGGUGGCGCGGGUGUCGCGGACCAAGCGUCUGAGCUGGACCCUCGCCGUCGCGCUCUUCCUCCUCCUACUCGCCCUCGCCGUCCUCACGUAUGCCUACAUCACAUGAAAACAAAGAUCCCUCCUUCCG